GAGUCUCACAUCGGCAUUUCCCUCAUGGGAGGAUGUCACCUCUUCGACCUCAUCUUAUCAAUGCUCGAUGAGCGCCAGACAUUGUGCAGGGAAACAGAGUAUCACGUGUGAAACACUGUCUUUACCCAGACUUGGGUGAGUUCGUGAGUUAUCAUUUGAUUGUGAUGCCUGUGAUCACCAGGGGAAACUCAACCCGACAGGGAAACGACACACUAGACGUCCACGUCUCGGGUGUACGGGAGGUGUCAGGUAUAUGGGAAUAUGCCGGGUGUUGUCGCCGGGUGAGUUUUCUCCCUCACUCACUUCAUGUAAAUAUACUUUAGGUGUGUCAGGUUGACACUGGUGCGGACAGAGGGACGCAAGGCCAUAAUUAUUUUCUCGAAAUGAUGUGUCACAAACUCUGACAACAACACUCAUAACAACCGGAUCCUCUGCCCUGGGGAGUUACCACUGACGUCACGGCGAGAGAGAAGGACGAAACAUGGCGGCUGGGGUUAUGUGUCCGGACCACCCGGAGGAGAAGUUACGGUUCCUGUGCGUGCCCUGUGACCGCCUGGUGUGUCGCGACUGCAAGCUGACUGACCACGAGGGUCACAAGAGCGUGGACGUGGCCAAGACCAGCGACGACACUCGCCAGAAGCUGCAGGGUCACGUGGCCCGCCUGAAGGAGAGGAUGAAGAUCCUGAACGUUGUGAUGGAAGAGGCCGAGGACGACCGGCGAGCAGCGAUGGCGGCUCAGAGAGACAUUGCAGACGAGAUUCGUCGUCGUGCGGCGAUGAUGACUGAGUGUGUCAAGCAGUUGGAGCAGCAGGCACUGGACACUCUCGACUCCGCCAUGAACUUGGUAAACGACGAGAUCGACUCCACCGUGAAAGACCUGGAGUACCGACGAGGCGAGAUCAAAGACAUGGUGGAGACCACGAGAUCCGCGCUGAGCAGCAUGGACACCGGCGACACCUACAACCCCGUGCUGGCCUUCACCUUGGAGCAUGACCUGCGCAGCGGGCGCGGCAAGGGCGAGAACCUGGAGAUGCUGACGGAGGGCUUGCCCGUAUUUUCGGUGCGACCAAUCCUGUACCGUCCCGUCGUCCUGAGCGAGGACACCGUGCGCAUGUUUAUCGGCCUUCCCCAGUUCGCUCAGGUCUCCAAGGCAACGCCGAGAGUCAGCGUGUCCCCGGUUUUUAACUGCGGUGGCGCUAGCAUCGCGGGCAUCAACUCCAUCUGUCCGAUGGCCGACGGGACCGUGUGGAUAGCCAGCGAUGUCGGUGAGGGCUCCAGCGAUCAGCAGGUGGCGCUCUUCAGUCAGCAGGGAAAGCUGAUCCGGGAGGAGACUCUCCGUGGUCCGGUCAGCCUGGUGCGAGUCACCAAGGUGAAGGCCUUUGUUGGGGGCAAGUACGUGGCGAAAAUCCUCAAUGCCAGCGAGUCUUGUAACGUGGUUUUGGAAAAAGACUACAGCAGCGACCAGUACCAAAAUAUUUCCUGCAAGUCUGAGAACGCCAUCGCAGUCUUCUCCAAACUGAAACUCCGCUACGCCAUCAUGUCUUCUCAGGCUGCGCCCCCUCACUGCCUGUGCAAGAUGGACGUCAAGCACUCGUCGCUCCCUCUAGCGGCGUUCACGUUUGUCCGGACCAUGGACUGCCCUCGCCCGGUGGCCAUGGAUGUGGACAGCAGCGGUCAGUUCUUGGCCGUCGUCACGUGCGACCAGGCGGUGCGGGUGUUCCGGCUGUCGGACCAGCAUCCACCCAGCGUCUACUGCCCUAGCGGCGAGUCCUUCUCGCCCUCCGAUGUCUGCUUCUACACGAUUGGCGGAAAGGAGAUGCUGCUCGUCGCUGAUUGGUUCAACAGCACCGUGAACGUGUUGGAGUACUGUGACGGCAUCCGGUUCGUGUCCUACUUCGGAUCUGGCUGCCCGCUGCUGCAGCAGCCCACGGCCCUCACGCAGGACGACAGCGGCCGCCUGUGGGUAGGAUGCAAGGACGGACACAUUCUCACCUGCUCUGAAGCUGAAGGGACUGAACAAAAAUAAUUGAAACAUUUUGGGUGCGCGCGUGCGUCAGUAAAUGUGUGUGAACGUGAUGAGGUUCUCCAGGACUGGAGGCACAAAGGAAGGGGGGGGGGAUUGAUGACACGAAGACAGAAAAAGUCACGUGACUCGCAAGAGGAAACUGCAAAGGUCCAAGUGUUGGCUGGUUUCCACUUUUUUACCAUCGCUUUAAUGCCUAUUGUGAUGUCUUCCAGAAUAUUGUUUGGGUCUGGCCCCACUAGAGCCUUUAACAAAUAAAUAAGAAGCACAUCCUGUCCUUUGACCUCCCGUACCUCACUCUGUUGACAUGACUUUUACGCUUGAGAGACAAUCAAAAAUGCAAACUUAAUAAUAAAAAUAACUCAUGCAUAAUAUUUUUGUCAAAUGAGAAGCUAUUUAUAUGUGUUAAAUUAAUGAUUUAAUUUUUUUCAUAUUUUGACUUUGCCUGAAAUUGAAGAUUAUAUUACUAAAAACAUU